AUGAAAAACGCCGUUCGAGCCCGACGCAAACGUUGCGGAAAGGCCGCCGCCGGGCCGCAGGUUCACGUGCUUCUUGUUGUCAUGGCCAUCAUGUCACUGACUUUUGAAGGGCACAGCUUCGAGUCGAAGAGGCUUGAAACUAGGUUCACAUUGGGCGCAUGGGGCGUGCGGCCGGCGGAGGGUGGCUGGGACUGCCUGAGCGCGGGUGACGCUUGCUCCGGAGAUGACACGUGCAGCCCGCGCCUGCGCACCCUGCGGCAGUGCGUGGCUGGAGACGGCAGCGUCAAGCUGGGCCCGGGCGCCCGCAACCAGUGCGAGAAUGCCAUGACGGCCCUCAUGUCCACGCCGCUGCACGGCUGCCAGUGCAAGAGGGGCAUGAAGAAGGAGAAGAACUGCCUCAGUAUCUACUGGAGCCUGCAGCAGGCCGUCCUGCACGGCCUGAGCCUGGUGGAGGACUACCCGUACGAGCCCGAGGAGAGGGGCUCCGACUACGUCCGCCUGGCCUCCAUCGCCGCCGAAUCGGAAGUGACAACGGUCAAUCGCUGCCUGGACGCGGCCAAGGCCUGCAACAUCGACGAGACGUGCCAGAAGCUGCGCACCGAGUACGUUUCAUCCUGCAUCCAGCCGUCGGCCCGCUCGGGCCCAUGUAACCGGCCCAAGUGCAACAAGGCGCUACGCAAGUUCUUUGACCGGGUGCCCCCCGACUACACACACGAACUGCUCUUCUGCCCCUGCACCGACACGGCGUGCGCUGAGCGCCGACGCCAGACGGUGGUGCCCUCCUGCUCCUAUGAGGACAAGGACAAGCCCGGCUGCCUGGCCCAGCUCAGGGUCUGCAAAGCCGAUUAUGUUUGCAGGUCUCGCUGGGCUCAGUUCCAGUACGACUGCCAGCCAUGGCAGCACAGCCCCAACGGCUGCAAGCACGGGAACCACGCCGCCUGUCUGCUGUCCUACACGGGUCUCAUCGGCAGCACCAUCACGCCCAACUACCUUGACAACUCCACCUCCAAUGUGGGACCUUGGUGCUCCUGCAGUACCAGCGGACACCAGCGAGAGCAGUGUGACGGAUUCCUAGCCUUGUUCCACGACAACAUCUGCCUCAAGAAGGCCAUCCUGGCGUUCGGCAACAGCUCAGAAGUGAAAACAGAUGCGUCGGCGGUGAACCCCCCGAGCCCGGCCGCUGACGACCUCGACUCUCCACGGGCCACCGCCGUUCCGGCAGUUUCCGUGGAAACGGCGCAGAACAUCCUGAGAGCAGAGAUCCCCACUCAGGUCAACGCUAACGAGCGACUUUGGGGCGACGAGGGGGACUCGGCGCCACCAUCGCCCGACCUCUCAGGGCACAAUGGCGGCAGGAGGUGCGCCCGCCCGUUGCCGCUCGCCAUUUGCGGUCUUCUGACUGCCACCAUAUUGCUCGGGCGCCACUAG